AUGUUGUAUCUAAUUUCCAGUAAAGAAACGAUCUGGCAAACGGCAGUUUGCAUUAGUUUACUGUUUGAAACAGUCCGUCCUUAUGUAUCAACAACUUUCCAGUGUUCUGAAGGUUUUUAUUUAUCAACUUUCAACACUGCAUUCGUUGGCAAAGAACGUUAUUACAAAUUUACAUGUUCAGCGUUCGAUAAUAUUCAUAUGCAGAUGAAUGAAACGUGUAGGAUAUCGGAUAGCGCGUCAUCCUCAUUAGAUGACAUAUAUUUAAGCUGCGGAAGCGAUCAGUAUACAGCGGGUGUCAGAAUUAUUGAAGAACAUUCCGAAAAAUUCAGUGUAUGGCAACUACUUUGUUGUAGUAGUAAAUCAAUCAAAAUUCGAAUAGAUGAUUGCAUUGAUACCAAAUUUUUAAAUGAGCACCAUCAGUCAUCAACAUUCUUUACUGGUGCACAAAUUAUACGCAAAUGGCAAGCUGUACUCGAUGAUAAUGACUUACGAUGGUGGCUUCAGUUGUGUCCCGUGGAUAUUCGGGGUAAGAGUAAUAUACAGCAUAGUACUUCCUCAAGAGCUCGACGUCAAAUUCCAUGGCAAUGGACUCGUAGCCGUUUUGAUUCUAUUCAAGUUGAUCCGAUGUUCAUGAAACAGGAUCGUCUAGAUAAUCUGCGCUCGAAGUCUUCUAGUAGCAUCAAUCACAUGCAAACAUUUCCCAAAACUUCAAUUCCGCAAUUCGAGAAUGAGCAAAAAACUGUGCGAAGUUCAAGGAAGCUAACCGCUAAUACAAAUACGAAAACAGCGUUUGUAACAGAGAAGGUACCGCAAUUAUCAGUAUCAAAACCAUUGACAAAUACUACUGCAUCUUCCAUUAAGUCUACAACUUUCUCAGCGGUUAAGGAAGACGUCGCUAUUGAUUAUUAUGAUGUUUACGAUGAAAAUUUUGAUAAAUCGAAACAUGCAAGCAGACAAGGGAUAUUAGGAGGGGUAUCCGAUCUCUUGCAAAAUAUUCAGGACGGCUUAUCAAUAGCGCAAGCAGCUUUACCAUCUCAUGAAAAGCAAGUUUAUGAGAUUGCAACAAGCACCGAUGGACCAGCUUUUGUAUUAAGUCGAGAUGAAGAUUCAUUGACAAUUGGUAUGCAACAUGACACCCAGAAUGGUGCUAGUAAUUCCAGACUUAAAUUUCAGCGAUUUGGCCCAAAACCAUCUCGACCAAAUGCAUCACAGCCAGUAUCAACAUCAUUCAAAUUGGGUAAUCCAGGCGCAAUUCAGCAAAUGUUUCAAUUUUUUGGUCUAUGUAAGAGUCAUGAAUUAUAG